GAAGCUUUCAUUAUCCUUUAGUCUUCUUUUUGUUUUCAGUUUAUCGUCUAUAUACUCAUACGCAUUCUCGUGCUUAUGGAAAAUAUAACAUCAUUCCUCCCUUUCCUUUCUUUGCGAUAUUGAUAUCAAUAUCGAUCUCAUUGAGUAGCCAAAGUCCAACGCCUGCGAGAAGAUCUGCGAUUAUUAUCCGCAUUAUCGAGAUUUACACAUUUCUUCAUUGACGGGUUCACAUUCAGCUGUUAUUAAGACAUCUUAUUGAGAUUACUCAAGAGUUCUACAUCCAGACAAGCAUCGAUCCUUGUAUCAGGAAUCACUAUCCCCAAGUAUCUCUCUAUGGCCAUUUGGUCAUUUAAUUGAGAAGUUUCUACCCCGCUACCUCACAGCCUUGCUGCCUGUUUCCAGAUCAGAUCUGCCUCUUCAUCCACCAGCCCAUACACUGCGCUUACCGAAAAUCAAAUCCUUCACGCGGAACACGCUUUACAUUUUCUCCAGGCUGCCAACAAAAAACAUACCGAGUACUUAAAUAAAUGCAAGAUUUACAUAAAUCAAGAAUACCCAGAGAUACUUUGUAUUUCUCUCGAGGAAGAGGGAAUUUGUAUGGAAAGAAUACGGCGUAUUCGAAAGAAGUAGAUACUUGUUAUUCCGCCCAGCCGAAUACCUAUGCACAUCCAACAAUGAACCCAACUGUAUCCGCAAAACCAUAAUUUAACUUUAACGUCAGUCACACUUUCUCCCACCUCCUCCACCACGUAUGGCUUUUAUCCAUAUGUCCUGGCUGAAAUCCAUCUCACACCGAGCAUUAUUCGCAUCGACUACCUCCUCCUUACAUGAUUGGGCAUCGGCGCCACUUAUGAUACUGAAGACUCGGGAGAGAAAACCUUGGUUUUUGAACGUCAGGUGGGUCCAGUAAAAAGUAGUGCAGGGGAUUGGGGGGGUGUGGGAGGGAUGGAGACAAUUGAUAGUUUGUUAUAUUUUUUAUACGAUAACUUUCUUCUGGAUAUUUUUACUGAUACGCUUUGGGGAAUCAUUAUCUGGUUCAAUCAAUCUCUAUUUUGUUUUAAUGGGCCCCCAAUACAUACCAUCAUUUCUCUUUGGGCCUACCAAACUAAUAUUACCUAUCCACUUGGAAUUAUCUCGAAAAAGUUCGUCUCCGUCGCCCAUUCGGUAGCACUUUUAACCCUACAACCAACUAUCUACGAGAUGCAGCUAGGGGUGUAGAUGGGAUGUUUCGUGGGUUUGGGUAUCUGGUGGAACGUUGAAUGAAGUAUGUGGUCUUGAGAUAGAUAUUGGUGCUUCAGUGGAAGGGGAUUUAAAGGGAAAAGGGGAGGAAAUAGAAAGAAACAGAAUACUAUUAGCGGCGUUAGAAAUUAGUAAGAUUCUG